AUGAAUCUGACUAGAUAUAAUUAUUUGCAUAAUUUGGCUUUCAUCUAAUAAAGAAUCAAAGAGGCGAAUUAUGUUGCUUUAGAUUUUGAAUUCACAGGUGUGCUUGCUUCGUCUUUACUAAGAAAUUCUCUCCUUGAUUCUGUACACCACAAUAAAUUAUCAAGUUUCAAAUGAGAUAUUGGAAAGUCAAGGAAAAUGUGAGACGUUUCCUGCCAAUUCAAAUGGGUCUAUGCACUUUUAGAGAGGAUGCCAAUUCUAAUAAUGUCAUUGCACAUCCAUUUAAUUUUUAUAUCUUUCCCUACGGCGUUGAUGGGUAUUUAGACAAGCAAUUCCAAUUGAGUGUAAGAUUCAUGAACAAAAUUAAUAGAGCAACUCGAUUUCAUUUCUCACAAACAAUAAUUUUGAUUUUAAUCGGACUUUUAAUGAGGGGAUUCUGUAUUUGUCACACCAAGAUGAGAAAAUUCUGAGAGACACCAAAAGAAUCCAAGACUUGAGAAAUGAAAUUAGAUAUUUGGAUAAAAUUGUAACAUUCGAAAUGAUUAAUUUUGUAAAACAAUACAAAGUUUAAGUGGAGCAAUUCCUAAAAGUCAGCAACGAUCCUUAGUUUGAAAUACCCGUCAAAAGACUCAAGGUCAAAGUUUAUAGACAUUUCAUUGAGAGUGUAACUCCAAAUCAAUUAAUUAUUUAUAGAUUAAGAAAGAGUUUGGCACGAGUUUUGAAUUCUAUUGCAAAUUUGAUUCAGAUAUCCUGGUAAAGAGAGAAAUACUGUAUAUUGUGAAGGGGCCAGAACCACCUGAAGCCAAAAAAUAAAAUGUGGAAGAAGCCAAUGAAUUUGCAGGUGUUAGAAUUUUAUUGGAUCAAAUAAGUUAGUAGAAGACUCCCCUUGUUGUGCACAAUGGUUUGAUGGACAUUAUGCAUGUAAGAAAUAGGUGUUAUAUGAAAAGAUUUAUGAUAAAUUUUUUGAGACCCUCCCAGAUUCAAGAGGUGAAUUCAUAUAGAAGGUGAAUUCAUUAUUUCCAGAGAUUUAUGAUACGAAAUUUCUAAUCAACUAAAGUUACAGUGUAUACAAUAAGGUGGGAUAGUUUUCUGAACUCAAGAACAGCUUCAUUAAUUUAUAAAAUUUGGAACCUAGUGUUGUUUUUGGUGAUGAAUGUUAGGAAUACAAUAAUCCUGAAGAGAAUUAAGCAUUUGAACAUGAGGCUGGAUUUGAUUCAUACAUGGCUGGAAGUGUCUUUUAUAAGGCCAAAAAAUUGAUGAAUCUUGAUUAAAAGAAAUUAGAUCUAUACAAGAACAAAGUUCCUUAAAGUUCGAUCAAAAUACCCUUUGAUUUUGGUGAUAAGAGUGGAGAAGAUAAAUAUCAUAAUAAAUAGAUUUUUAUUUUUCAUGUUGAGAUUUUGGAAAAAAGCUUAGUUCCUGAUUCCUUGAUCAAAGGCUAUUUUAAAGAGAAAUAUAAUACAGACAUAGAUCUCUUCUUGUCUUAUGGUUAAAACUUUGAGUACUUCAUGGUUUUUUCGACUCUUGAGGGAUCAUAAGAGUUUAGAAAAACUAUGAAAAAUGGAGUCACAAUAAGUAUUUUUCAUCAAUAAAUCUAUAGUUGAAAUCGGAGAUCACGAAUUCAUUAUUACAGAAUACGAAAACUAUGUUUAAAAACUUUAGAGAAGAGCUAAAGAUGAAUUGUCAAUUAAAGAAAUGCCUACAAUAUUAGAAUGA